GCUUUUAAAGCAUGGAUUUUUGUGCUACCCAUGACUUCUAUAAACAAUUUACCCUAUGCUACUUUUGUGAACCCAUGACUUUUAUCUAUGACCCAAGCUAUGACCCAUGAACUAUGACUGUUUCUAUGACGUCAUCAACUUUCUAUUUUUUGCUUUUGAAAUACAAAUUUACUGUCAUCCUUGCGUGCCCCGAAUCUUCCUUUCUCAAAGCCGCGUGUGACGAGUGCUGGUCGUCGCCCCGCGCAUCCUUCAAAUGACGAUGUUAUCUCGAACAACAGUUGGGAUUGCCGCAGUUUGUGGCACCCUUUUCAUGGGGUACUGCAUUUACUUCGAUAAGAAGAGGAGAAGUGCGCCCGACUUCAAGAAAAAGCUCCGCGAAAAGCGUCGGAAGCAGGGGGCGCGCGCGGCGGCCGGCGGCUCGGCGCUGCCCGAUCUGCGCUCCCAGGAGGAGGUGCAGACGUUCUUCCUGCAGGAGGUGCAGCUUGGCGAGGAGCUGCUGGCGCAGGGUAACAUGGAGGAUGGCGUGGAGCACCUGUGUAACGCGGUGGCGGUGUGCCACCAGCCGCAGCAGCUGCUGCAGGUGCUCCAGCAGACGGUGCCGCCCCAGGUGUUCCAGCUGCUGCUGCAGCGACUGCCGCUCGCUGGACAGCGUCUGGCCGCGUCCGCUGCCGCCAAGGAGAGCGCCUCCAUCACCGAGGAUGACGUGGAGUAACCGGACAGUGGUCCUGUGACGUCAUAACAAACACUACCACCCGCUCUGGGUGACGUCACCGCGGCGCGCGUGUGCGAGUGUGCGUCCGUGCGUGGGUCUCGGCGCGUGUGCGUUUGCCAGGUGUGUGCGUGUGUGCGUGUGAAAGAGGCGUGUUCUUUGAUGUGAGGCUGACGGAGAUCUCGCGCUUCGUUGGAGUCCGUACAAGGCCAAGGGCACUACCGAGCGUUUUCUAACAAGCGUGCGUCUGUCGCCUAGUCAUGAUUGUGUGGACUCUGUUAAUAGGUAUUACAUAAUUAAUAAACAGACUUUUACACA